AUGGAUCCAAAUUUCCCUACUUUAUUUGUUCCACCUGAUAAAUAACCAACGAGAAUUAUAUAAGCGAGAUUAGAAAUUGUAUCUAAUGUUCUUUAAGAGUUUGGAUAUGAUUAAAGAUAAUUUAAUCAUCAAGAUAUCUUCUUUAUUCUAGCUACUCCUUGUCUUUUUCAUUAGGCAAAUGAAAUUAGACUGUUAAGUAUUGAAGUUAUUGCAGCUUUAUAUCAAUUUGUUGGAGUAGAAAUCAGAACCAUGGUUGAUGCUAUUGAAAAUCUUAAACCUGGUUUGAAAGAUUAAAUCAUGGCAAGAUUGGAUGAAAUAGAUUAAUAAGCUCCUGGGAGCAAAUAAGUUGAUAGAGGCUUGAGUCUUGUACCUGAAGAGGAAUAGGAAGAAAAUUAAUCAGCUUUACUAAAAAAACAAAAAGAUAAUGCCAACUCCUAAAAAUAAGAUCUUGAUAAGUCCAUCAAUAAUGUAUCUUAAAGCAAAAACCAAGAUAAACUAAAUAAUUCAUAAUUAAACAAAAAAUGA